AUGGCGCAGGGCCCCUCCACCACCGGCGAGCAUCACGCAGGGGCGGCGGCGCGGUCCUCUUUGCCACUAGCAAGCCUCACGCAGGGGCCAUGGUGCCCCCGUCCUCUGCCGUGGCGCCGCCGUACGUCUAGCUUCACGGCGAGGGCAGCACUGCCAUCGUCCCCUUUGGCUUGGGGUGCCGGUGAUCCCUUCCGCGGCUUCGCUUGGACUACCGCCGCCAGCAGCACGCGGCACGGGCAGGCAGAUGUCCGAGCCCUUGGCGCUCAGUGGCCUAGGUACGACGACGAUGGCGACGGCAAUGAGAUGGGGAUGGAAUUUGGCGGGCAAUUUCUAUGUCUCCCAUGCACAACUCAUAGUGCGACGAACUGGUCCGCGCGUCUCGCGGCGGUCGGGACGGAGAUUGCCGCGCACAGGCUGUGGUGUCUCGCUACGGCCGCGGCGGAACUCCAUGGUGCAGCUCACGGCAGCCUAGGCACCUCCCGCGUACCAAUACUAGUUUCCGCGUGCACCCACGCGGGAUCCGUAUAUAGUACCUCACUCACCACUAGAAAUAAGGCCCCAGAAUCGGUACUACUAGCAAAAGAAAAGUUCGAUCCCUACCGCGUCAAGGCUCGGCUCCUCCCAGAGCUGCCUCCUUCCGCCGGUAGGCGUGCGCUCGACGAAACCCUACCUGCAUCUUCCUCGCCGCCACCGGCGGUGGCUCGGCUGCAUCUGGCGAUUUUACUUAGUUCUUUCCGCCAUCUUUGCUUGGAUGAUUGGCAAGGUGCUGAGGCUCGACGAAAUCAUAAGCUAGGUGCAAUCGCAGCAACAACAGGCCUGAGCUCUCUUCAUGAAGCUUGCAAGACCCCAAUUGACUUCAGCAACCUGCCUACCCUCCUAUAUAAAGAUGCGAGUUUAAACUUUCCCCAUGUUCCAUCCUGUGAAGGACCAAUCGACCAAAUUAGUAGAUUACUUACAUGUCGCUGGCAACAUUCAGAUGUUCCAAGCCUAUGGCCCUUUGACAAGCUCGGUCUUCUCAUUGGAAAGCUCCAGCUUAGGAUUUUGAUUCAGCAAUCAAGGAGAUGUGUUCCAGUCGUCCGUUCCAAACGUCUUCGACAACCAACCAACCAAUGGGCAGUAUGCUUUUCAGGAUGGAACAGCUGGCACAAACUUGCAGCAAAGAAGCUACUACAAGGAGGAUCUCCAGAGCAUUGUACACAUCAACUACAAAGAGCAGAGCCACGACAAUGGGUUCUCAAUUUGAGCACAGAGCUUUCAUGUUAGAAGAAGGCCACAUGAAAAUGGAGUUCUGAUGGUCAGCAUAGACCAACCAUGGAAUGCAUGGAUUCAGACUGAUCCAACAACAUGGCCGGACCUUCCACAAACACAGCUUUUGGGACCGCAUACGAGGAUAAUUGGGCGAUCACUACCGACCUUGAAAUGAACAUGUAUAAUUACUCUCGAUAUCGCUAUGUACAUAAACCAAGACCUUACCCCCGAUGUAUAGAACUAUGAAGCAGUGAACACUACUACACCUAUUAUUCAUCACCCUAUGUAUAAUUAUAACAGUGCUAAACCUGUGAACUCUAUCCGUAUAAUUUUGUGAUAACUUAUGUAAUAUUACAAUCAUGAUCUACCAUACUUAGUAUCUUUCAAUCGACAA